CGGAGCUAACAAAGUGCAGCUUAUUCAUUUGGUCAGAUCAGAUCGCACUGCUGCAACGCUAUCGGGAAAUGGUGCAGGAAGAGCACAAACUGUCCCAAAUGUGCGUUUACAAGAAGAAUAGCUCCACUAAAUAACAUCUCUGCCUUUACUGGAGCCCCGAGGGAACGCGCCGGGAGAAGGAUCGAGCUUUGUGUCGUGAACGGACCCGCUUUGGAGCACACAAGUUUGAAAAGCUUUCUGCGCCGACGCUCGCUAGCUGCUAACCUAGCCUGCUAGGUAAAUACCAGCCUAAAUCCUUCGGGUUUUCACUUUACCAUCUGUGUUGACUGUCCCGGUGAUGCUCUAAUUCACGAUGCGUGUUGAACAACGUCGUUGCUGUGAGAUGGAUGCGCUUCUCUUCAUAAACAGCUAAUUGUGUUAGCUUAUUUGUAAUCAAGCUAACGCUGCCUGCACAGCGAGCAACUUGUCUCGGAGUGUCGGAGCUAAUCACAGCCACACUGGCGCUACGGACAACAUCUGUUGCGGAGCUCCCUUCAACAGCAGCCAUGUUUGAAAUGGAGACUCACAUAUCGUGCCUUUUCCCUGAGAUCCUCGCCAUUAUUUUCAGUUAUCUGGACGUAAAAGACAAAGGUAGAGUGGCUCAAGUGUGCGCGGCCUGGAGGGACGCCUCGUACCACAAGUCUGUGUGGAGGGGGGUGGAAGCCAAACUCCAUCUGCGGCGAGCCAACCCGUCCCUGUUCCCAAGCCUGCAGACCAGAGGGAUCAAGAAAGUGCAGAUUCUGAGUCUCAGGAGGAGUUUGAGCUACGUGAUCCAGGGCAUGCCGCACAUCGAAAGUCUAAACUUGUGUGGAUGUUUUAACCUGACAGACAACGGACUGGGACACGCUUUUGUACAGGACAUCCCGUCCCUGCGCGUGCUCAACCUGAGCCUGUGUAAGCAGAUCACGGACUCCAGCCUGGGCCGCAUCGCGCAGUACCUCAAAAAUCUGGAGGUGCUGGAGCUAGGAGGCUGCAGUAACAUCACCAACACGGGUCUGCUGCUCAUUGCCUGGGGCCUGCACCGGCUCAAGAGCCUAAACCUGCGCAGCUGCAGACAUGUGUCCGACGUGGGCAUAGGGCACCUGGCGGGAAUGACCCGCAGCGCCGCGGAGGGCUGCCUAUCUCUGGAGAAGCUCACCCUGCAGGACUGCCAGAAGCUCACAGACCUGUCCCUCAAACACGUCUCCAAAGGUCUGAACAAGCUAAAGGUGCUAAACCUGAGCUUCUGUGGGGGAAUAUCGGACGCUGGCAUGAUCCACCUGUCACACAUGACCAACCUGUGCUGCCUGAACCUCCGGUCAUGUGAUAACAUCAGUGACACGGGCAUCAUGCACCUGGCCAUGGGCACACUCUGCCUCUGUGGGCUGGACGUCUCUUUCUGUGAUAAGAUUGGAGAUCAGAGUCUGGCUUACAUUGCACAGGGCUUGUACCAGCUCAAGUCCCUCUCCCUAUGCUCCUGUCAUAUCAGUGACGAUGGCAUCAACCGCAUGGUGCGCCAGAUGCAUGAACUGAAGACUCUGAACAUCGGACAGUGUGUCCGCAUAACUGACAAAGGGUUGGAGCUCAUAGCUGACCAUCUGACCCAGCUCACAGGGAUAGAUCUGUAUGGUUGUACAAAAAUCACCAAAAGAGGUUUGGAGAGAAUCACGCAGCUCCCAUGCCUUAAAGUGUUAAAUCUGGGACUGUGGCAGAUGACUGAGAGUGAGAGGAUGAGGUGAGGACCACUUGUCAUGUCUGUUGGAUACUAAAAUGCUUGAGGUCAUUGUUCACCUUGACAUGCGUCUCCACUCUUUGAAUUCAGUUGGCUCUUACUUCAGCCCGUGCGGGUUUCAUGAGCUACCUCACCCUUUGACACAGGAGUGCCUACUAUUGUUGAAAAAGGCAUUGACUAUUUUUGUGACCCAAAACAGUGGACAUUUUCAUAUUAAGGACUUUUUAUUGAAGAUAAAUAGUUAGAUGUUUUAUUCAC